GCAAAAGUUGCCUUUGCUGCUGGUUGCAAAGGACACCGCAUCCUUCUACGUAAGAUGUGACAAGCUACCUGGGUGCCUCCUUAUUCUCCCUGCUCACUGGACAUUAGGGUUUGACAUUGUUGCAGCUUUGCUCAGGAGUGACAAUGGGGUUCACAGGAGCUGGCCUUUACGGUUUAUUCGUCUUGCUGUACGGAGCCGUUGGAGUGAUGGGCAGCCAACCCUGCAACAGGAAAUAUUUUGGCCGUGACUCCAUCGUGUGCGUUUGCAACCGCACCUACUGUGACACGCAAGACCCCGUCACCCUCCCGGCCACCGGCUUCUUCGUCAAGUACGAGAGCAGCAAAUCUGGCAACCGGCUACAGUGCAGCAAGGGAGUGUUCCAGGACAAAAAUUACACCCCAGAUCUGAUGCUGGUUCUAGACCCAGCCAAGCGUUAUCAAACGAUAAAGGGAUUUGGUGGCUCCAUCACCGAUUCGGCCGCCAUAAACAUCCUGUCUCUGUCGCCGAAUGCCCAGCAGAAUCUACUCCGUUCCUACUUCUCGGACGUGGGGAUCGAGUACAACCUGGUGCGCAUGCCCAUGGCCAGCUGCGAUUUCUCCGUGCGGCCCUACUCCUAUGAUGACUGGCUAGACGACUUUGAGCUGAAAAACUUCAGCUUGGUUGUGGAGGACGUCAAAAUGAAGAUCCCUGUUGUGCAUCGGGCUAUGGCGAUGUCUAAGAGACCCAUCUCCUUGUACGCCAGCCCGUGGACUUCUCCGAUUUGGCUGAAAACGAACAAUGACUGGAAAGGGAAGGGGUCGCUGAAGGGGCAAGCAGGAGACAAGCAUCACAAGACCUGGGCCAACUAUUUCGUCAGGUUCUUGGAUGAAUACGCCAAGCACAAUGUGACUUUCUGGGCAGUAACAGCUGAGAAUGAACCUACUGCUGGGCUGCUCUGCGACUAUAAAUUCCAAUGCCUGGGGUUCACAGCCGAGCAGCAGCGUGACUUCAUCGCCUUGGAUCUGGGCCCUGCCCUGGCAAACAGCUUGCACAAGGACAUCCGCCUCAUCAUUUUGGAUGACAACCGGAUACAUCUGCCCCAGUGGGCUAAAGUGGUGCUGAGCGAAGACAGCCAGGCUCGUCGGUAUAUUCACGGCAUCGGCUUGCACUGGUACCUGGACUUCAUCGCUCCCAUCGCUGACACGGUGGUCCCCACGCACCAGCUUUUCCCGGAUUACUUCCUGCUCUUCACAGAGGCCUGUAGCGGGUCACAGUUUUGGGAGAAGGACGUGAUUCUUGGCAGCUGGGAUCGGGGGAAUGACUACAGCCACAGCAUCCUGGAGAACCUUAACAAUCACGUCACAGGCUGGACUGACUGGAAUCUGGCCCUGGAUUUGGAAGGGGGUCCCAAUUGGGUCCAGAACUUCGUGGACAGCCCAAUCAUUGUGGAUGUAGACAACGAUGUCUUCUACAAGCAGCCUAUGUUCUACCACAUGGGGCACUUCAGCAAGUUUAUCCCAGAAGGCUCCCAGCGUAUCGGGCUGACGGUCCUGCAGAAACGUUUUGGGGUCGCCCUAGAGUAUGUGGCUCUGCUGCGUCCUGAUGGGUCUGCUGUGGUUGUUGUCCUUAACCGGUCUGGGUCUGAUGUCUCUUUUGGCAUGUCUGACACCGUUGGUGUUAUUAGGACCGAAAUUCCCGCCAACUCCAUCCAGACUUACCUGUGGCGACGCCAGUGACAAGAAGGCCCGGGUUUGGCUCUAAGAUGUCGGGAGGCUAAACUACGCUGAAGAGAGAAGCUGAGCUGCCCUCAUGUUUUGCUGCCACUCUUGGAAACCGGGGCCUUGCUUUGCAUGGAAUUGGCCAAGCCUGAUUUUUGAGGCCUACCUCAUUUACUCUCUGUUCUGAAGCUAAGGGCCAGACUAGGCGCAGUGAGCCGAGGAGCCAAGCCUUGGUUUAUGACCUGCUUCUGGGUGUGAGCAGGCAAGAGGCCUGAAGAAAUGACUGGAAUCACAUCCUCAUUUACUUAUGAAGGAGGCCCCACUGGAUGGGUCCACGAGGGAAGCAGCAUGUUCUCUUUGCCUGCUGGUUGGGAGUCUUAGGGCCUUGCUAGACGAGGCCUUAGCGCGCUUUAUGGGCCGGUUUCCCUGCUGUGCGUCCAGAUGACGCACAGGGGAAUCCGGCGCCAGGCCGCACUGAGGCCUCCUCUAACGCACCAUAAGCGAAGUCGCUUAUGGCGCGCCUUUUUCACAGCCCCGGCCUCAGGCCGGGGCUGAGAAACGUCUAGGAAGGUCCGUGGCUUUUUGCGGCUACUCGCUUACUCGCGAGUAGCUGCGAAAAGCCACGGACCUGGCACAGUGCUCAUACGAGCGC